UAGUCUGUGUUUUUAUGAGAUCAGAACUUGAUAGGAAGAAGGCUAAAGAUGUAUUUUUUUGUUUUCCUCUUUCCAGAUAUGAGAAAUGAGUGUUGGACGCAGAAGAUUAAAGCUGCUGGGAAUUCUGAUGAUGGUAAACAUUUUUAUUUAUGUGAUUGUGGAAGUCUCAAAAAGUGGCAGCCAAGAGAAGAAUGCAAAAGGCCGUGUUAUUAUACCACGCAGCAAAUUUUGGAGAAAAUACACUCCUCACAAAGCUUAUUGGAACAGACAGCAACAGAAGCUUGAGCUGCUGUACAACCCUAUUCUGACCUUGCUUUCCAACAUGACUGUGGAGGAGAACUUAGUUUCUAACUCAAGUGUUCUCAGUUCCUGUGACCCUGACCCAUGGGUACAUUCAGAGGUUAGUGACUUUGCAAGCUUACCGGACAGAUUCAAAGACUUUUUGCUUUAUUUGAGAUGUAGAAAUUAUUCAUUAUUAAUGGAUCAACCAAACAAGUGCAAACAUAAACCUUUUCUGCUGCUAGCUAUUAAGUCACUUACACCCCAUUUUGAUAGAAGGCAAGCAAUUAGGGAAUCCUGGGGCAAGGAAAUAAAAUCGGGAGAUGUGACAGUCAAAAGGGUCUUCUUACUUGGACAGACCCCACCAGAGGAUAAUUUCCCUGAUCUUUCAGACAUGAUAAAAUUUGAGAGUGAAACCCACCAAGACAUUCUCCUCUGGAACUACAGAGACACUUUCUUCAAUUUAACUCUGAAAGAGGUGCUGUUUCUUAAGUGGGUCAGCAGCAGUUGCGCAGAUGUCCAGUUUAUUUUUAAGGGCGAUGAUGAUGUUUUUGUGAAUACCCAUCAGAUCCUGGAUUACUUGAAGAGCUUAUCAAAGGAGAAAGCCAAAGACUUAUUUAUAGGCGAUGUGAUCAAAGAUGCUGGACCUCAUAGGGAAAAAAAAUUGAAGUACUACAUCCCAGAAAGUGUUUAUGAAGGUUCGUAUCCUCCAUAUGCAGGGGGUGGUGGGUUUCUGUACUCUGGUGAUCUGGCAUUAAGACUGAAUAAUGCAUCUGACCAGGUACUCCUUUACCCUAUUGAUGAUGUUUAUACUGGAAUGUGCCUUCAGAAGCUUGGGCUUGCUCCGGAAAAACACAGAGGCUUCAAAACAUUUGACAUUGAAGAGAAAUACAGAAAUAACAUGUGUUCCUACACAAACUUAAUGUUAGUACAUAGUAGAAAGCCUCAAGAAAUGAUUAAGAUUUGGACAAGCUUGCAAGAUCCACACUUAAAUUGUUAAAGUAGUGGGAAUAAAUGUCUUAAGUCCAAAUAACUUACCAGGUUUGGGUCUGACUUUCUUGGUGGACCACUGAAGCUCCGUUUAAUAGUUUAAUUUUCUCUCUCUGGAAACUUUUUCCCAUACUUUUGAAAAUGAGGGUGAUAUUAAAAUUUGAGGGGUUGGCUUGAAGACUUGGUCCUGACUUUUCCACUGUUCCAGUGGUCAUUAUGUUUCAAUAUUUGUCUUAAGAUUAAAAAGGACUUCAAGUAUGUAACUAGCUGUAAGUGACCAGUUAGCUGUCUUGGAAACAGGGAUUGUCUACUGCAACGCAUCUUUCAUUAAUUGUGAUGGUGGAAGGUAAUUUUUCCUUGAGUACUCUGUGUGUGGAAACCACUGUAAAUCGAAAAUUCACAAAUUGGGAGGAAUGCAGUUUUACUUUAAGUAU